AUGGCCAAAACACUAGAAGAGUUUGCUCAAUUAGAGCCUCUCUGGGACAAAGCAAUCCAGCAUCCAGCGGAUAUUUCGCCUGAUGAAAAACACCAGCUGAUGCAAUGGCCGCCUUUAGAAGAGAUGCAGGCCAACUCAACCAAAUACUUGGGUAUGUCACUUGAAAACUUGCUUCAAAAGGCAGCUACGGACCGUCAAUCCCUCACAUACGCGGAAUGUCGUCUGAUUCGCGAUCAUUUCCGCAUUACGCCAACUCUUGACAAGGGUGAUCGAUUCGCGUGGCCGCAGAUGCGUCCUGAUCUUUACGAUAAGCUGAAACAGGCACAAGAAGCAGCUCUUCCACCAAUAGAGCUUCAGGCCGUUCAAGCUGUGAAUGAGGUAUUUUCUCAGAAACAAUAUGAUGACUUGGAGGCAAGGCAUGAAAAGCGAAAAAAAGAACCAUUCCCAGAUCUGCAAGACUGGGUGCGAAGGAUUGUCGUUCGAGAAGAUGAUAAGAGCUGGGGCUAUGUCUUUUAUCAUCAGAAAGGAAUGGCCAGACUGGAUGAGUUUAAGGCGCUAUUUACCGAGGUCCUUGAGAUGUCUUUCUUUUUUAAGGGAUAUGAAGAGAUACACGAUCACAAAUUCGCUCAAUUUGUCCCAUUCGAGGCCGAUGAGAGUGACAUCGGCCAUUUACAGCAAGACUUUCGUGAUCGCCGCUAGAGGGGUGACUUAAAGCCCGGUGUUCUCAAAAAUGUGUUCUUCUUGUUGACAGACGAGGCUCAUUCAGCUUGUGGCAC